GCCAACAGGGAAGCGCAGAGGCGCAGAUCUGGCCGGUCGCUCGCCGGGGCUUCUGGAGCUGAGUUGCUGCGGGGCCGGCUCUAGCUCCACGGCCCGAGGGGGUGUGCUCGGAGGCCGCUGCAGCCGCCGGGGAUCUAAUAUCAGCUACCUGUCCCUGUCACUCUGACACUUCGCGUCCGGGGCUGCGGCGCGGGGGGCGGGCAGAGCGCGCUCGGCCUCAGCUUGCCUCGUUGGAGGGGUGUCUGGGGAGAGAGGGAGGCAAGAGGGGGUCUUUGCCCGUUCUGGUUUCGCUUUGGAUCUUGGAAGUCAGCUCCCCAAAGAAGCCCGGAGCGGGGCCCUCCUGCCCGCAUCCCCGUGUCCGGGCUGGCUCGCUGACUUUCGGCUGCCGUACUCUUCACUUGCGCUUCCCGGAGGAGACGGGGGCGCCUCGGCUGAAGGACUCCGCGGGGUUGCGUCCCCCGGCUCUUCCCGCAGCGGCGAUCGCCGGGACGCUCGGCGCCCAGAGCGCUCCCCAGACCCGGCGGCGGCCCCCGGGCUCGGGAAGUAGCCCAGGAUCCGUAGGGCGGCGCACUCCCUCGUCCAUGAACUGCAUGAAAGGCCCGCUGCACUUGGAGCCCCGAGCAGCCGCCACCAAGCUGUCGGCCCCCUCCACGUCUGCCUCCUGUCACCACCCCCAGCCUUUAGCUAUGGCUUCGGUCCUGGCUCCGGGUCAGCCCCGCGCCCUGGACUCCUCCAAACACCGGCUGGAGGUGCACACCAUCUCCGAUACUUCCAGCCCAGAGGCCGCAGAGAAAGAUAAGAGCCAGCAGGGAAAGAAUGAGGACGCGGGCACCGAGGACCCGUCCAAGAAGAAGCGGCAGCGACGGCAGCGCACGCACUUCACCAGCCAGCAACUGCAGGAGCUGGAAGCUACUUUUCAGAGGAACCGCUACCCAGACAUGUCCACCCGCGAAGAAAUCGCCGUGUGGACCAACCUUACGGAAGCCCGAGUCCGGGUUUGGUUCAAGAAUCGCCGGGCCAAGUGGAGGAAGCGGGAGCGCAAUCAGCAGGCCGAGCUGUGCAAGAACGGCUUUGGGCCGCAGUUCAACGGGCUCAUGCAGCCCUACGACGACAUGUACCCCGGCUACUCCUACAACAACUGGGCGGCCAAGGGCCUCACGUCCGCCUCCCUGUCCACCAAGAGCUUCCCCUUCUUCAACUCUAUGAAUGUCAACCCCCUGUCGUCGCAGAGCAUGUUCUCUCCGCCCAACUCCAUCUCGUCCAUGAGUAUGUCGUCCAGCAUGGUGCCCUCCGCGGUGACCGGCGUCCCGGGCUCCAGCCUCAACAGCCUGAAUAACUUGAACAACCUGAGCAGCCCGUCGCUGAAUUCCGCCGUGCCGACGCCCGCCUGUCCUUACGCGCCGCCGACUCCUCCGUACGUUUAUAGGGACACUUGUAACUCGAGCCUGGCCAGCCUGAGACUGAAAGCCAAGCAGCACUCCAGCUUCGGCUACGCCAGCGUGCAGAACCCGGCCUCCAACCUGAGCGCUUGCCAGUACGCCGUGGACCGGCCGGUGUGAGCCGCGCCCGCCCGCAGCGCCGGUCCGAGGACUGCCGGAGGGGCCGCUCCGCCCUGGAGACUGGGAAUUGAGCUAGAAGGGCGUGCGCACUCAAGAAAGGCUGAGAAAAGAGAAGAUGCGGGGCGAGAAGAAACCACUGAAUUCAAGAGAGGGCGCCUUUGGUCUCCAAGGAGUGCCCUCCGUGUCUGACAACCUUUACUGAAAGUAUUUCCAACAGUUGCAAGGACACUACACCAACAACGUUUGACUGGAUAUGACAUUUUAACAUUACUAUAAGCUUGUUAUUUUUUAAGUUUAGCAUUGUUAACAUUAAAAUGACUGAAAGGAUGUAUAUAUAUCGAAAUGUCAAAUUAAUUUUAUAAAAGCAGUUGUUAGUACUAUCACAACAGUGUUUUUAAAGGUUAGGCUUUAAAAUAAAGCAUGUUAUACAGAAGCGAUUAGGAUUUUUCUCUUUCAAGCAAGGGAAUGUAUAUACUAAAUGCUACACUGUAUGUUUCUAACAUAUUAUUAUAAAAAUGUGUGAAUAUCAGUUUUAGAGUAGUUUCUCUGGUGGAUGCAAUGAUGUUUCUGAAACUGCUAUGUAAAACCUAUCCUGUGUAUAACAUUUCGUACAAUAUUAUUGUUUUACUUUUCAGCAAAUAUGAAAAAUGUGUUUUAUUUCAUGGGAGUAAAAUAUACUGCAUA